UUGAAAUAUCUCUGUUAAUUGAAAUAUUUUUUCUUAUUGAGAGACCUAUACUUCCUAAGGCAGAGUUUAGUUUAAUUCAACACACAUUUAAUCAUUGAUUAACAUAUGCUUAUAAUUAUGCUCAUACAUGAAGACUGAAAGAAUAAGACCUAUUCUACUUUCAUGAAGACCAUCUUGUAUUUUUCAAAAUCCACUUAGAAAAACUACAUUAUUACGGGAAUUUCAAGCAAAAGUAUGUUGGUAUAAAAUGAGAGAGCUGAGGGCCAAACAAGGGUUGAUGACCCAACUAUUUUAGUGAAAACAAGAAAUCUACUCCACCUAUAUGGGACCAAUAUGGAAAAGUUAACAGCGAGAGGUAGGCCCAUUGAAACAAAAAUUUUUUCUGGUGAAAGACAUACACAGAAAAGAAGCAGCAAUGGCCUAAGACCCCAAGUUAUCAGCUGCAGAAAAGGUGGAGAAAUUUUCUGAUUUCUCACUCCUCUUUCAUUCCCGUUUCCUGCCUAUCAGGAAGUCUGAUUGACAUGGGAAACCAGGAAAUGUAGUUCCCCGUAAAAUGGAGAAGAGACAAUCAAGUUAAAGAAGAUAUCUGAGACCUAAUAGGCAAAUAAUUUUGGAAACAGUUGAGUAAAACACCAGCAUAUGUGUUUUUAAAUAGGUGAUUUAUUUAAAGUAGUUUAAUAAACUGUGGUCAAUAAAUCACAUUUAAUAGCUGUAACAACAUGUGAUAAAUGAUAAGUACAAAUAUGAUAAAUGCAAGGGUGAUAUUCAGGUACUUGAGCGACGCCCAUCUCUGAGUCUGCAGCUGCUAAGCAACCUUUUCCAUGAAAUGGCUAAGAACACUCCUGUAAGAUACACGGUGUGGUGCAGCCUCAUUAAAGUGGCAGCGUCUUGUGGGGCCAUCCAUUACGUUCCAACCGAGCUGGAUCAAGUUAGAAAAUGGAUUUCUGAUUGGAAUCUCACCACUGAGAAGAAACGCACCCUUUUAAGGCUUCUUUAUGAGGCACUCGUGGACUGUAAGAAAAGUGAUGCUGCUUCAAAAGUCAUGGUGGAAUUACUUGGAAGUGACACAGAGGAUAAUGCCUCCCAGGCUCGAGUUGAUGCCCACAGGUGUAUUGUUCCAGCGCUGAAAGACCCAAAUGCAUUUCUUUCUGACCAUCUUCUUACUUUGAAAGCAGUCAAGUUAUUGGAAGGCAAACUUAUUCGUAAUCUUUCAACCAUUUUUGUGAGUGCUAAAUUGGCAUCCUAUGUCAAGUUCUACCAGAAUAAUAAACACUUCAUUGAUUUACUUGGGCUAUUACAUGAACAGAAUAUGGCAAAAAUGAGACUACAUACUUUUAUGGGAAUGGCAGUAGAAAAUAAGGAAAUUUCUUUUGAUACAAUGCAGCAAGAACUCCAGAUUGGAGCUGAUGAUGUUGAAGCAUUUGUUAUUGAUGUGGUAAGAACUAAAAUGAUCUGCAAAAUUGAUCAAACUCAGAGAAAAGUAGUUGCCAGUCAUAGCACACAUUGGACAUUCAGAAAACAGCAAUGGCAACAACUGUAUGAUACACUUAAUGCCUGGAAACAAAACUUGAACAAAGUGAAAAACAGCCUUUUGAGUCUUUCUGAUACCUGUUUUUUUUAUGCAUAUAAUUUUGUUCUGUUGGGGGAGAAAACCUAAAUCAUAGUAAAACGUUAUAAACUUAAAAAAAAAAAAAAAUAGAGCCAGCCAAUGAUGCCUUAACAAUGAUGACUUCACAAUGAUAACUGAAUAAUACAUGAGAGCCAAAACCAGGGAAACAUGAAGGAUGAAAGUUGUUCCAAGUAGAAGGAUUUACAAGUAUAAUGACUUCAGGGUUGGCGCCGUGGCUCCCAUAUGAACGCUGGUUCUAGUCCCGGCUGCUCCUCUUCUGAUCCAGCUUUCUGCUAUAGCCUAGGAGAGCAGUAGAGGAUGGCCUAAGUCCUUGGGCCCCUCCACCUACGUGGGAGACACGGAAGAUGCUCCUGGCUCCUGGCUCCUGGCUCCUGGCUCCUAGCUUCAGAUCAGCUCAGCUCCAGCCGUUGCGGCAAUUUGGGGAGUGAACCAGCAGACAAAAGACCUUUCUCUGUCUCUACCCCUCAAUGUCUGAAACUCUACCUCUCAAAUAAAUAAAUAAAAUCUUUAAAAAAAUGUAUAAUGACUUGAAAAUUUAAAUGUGAAAGUAUAUUUUGGAAUUCAAAAUAGGUUGAAAGUAUUGUGGGAAGAGAAGUAGAAUCAAGAGUCAAUUUAUAAAUUUUUGGUCAUAUCUGGAAAGUAAUGGCAACUCAUCAAAAGUUUAAGUAGAGGAAUCACAUGAUUAAAUAUUCUCAAAUUUGGCAAGUGGCGUAUACAAGAAAUUUAUGGAGGAAAAAUCCAUUAUAAUAUCUUAGGUAUUAAUUACUCUUCAAAAAUAUACAUGAAUUCAACUUCAUUCAUUUUCAUUAUGGAAAAAAAAAGCCAUGUAAUUUCUCCUCACUAAAAGUCAUUUGUUGGAGUGGGAAGUUAAAGAAAUGGUACAUGGAGAAAAACUGUGUCACCUCCUGGCUUUUUCUUUCUUUGUUUUAUUUUUAAUAAAUAAGUGACUUUUUAAUUCAUGGUUGACUGUUGGUCAUCAGUCCUAAGAACUAUUUGUAGCACUGCUUAUAAAGGAAAAUAUGAACACUACACAUUUAAAAAUUCACAAACACAAGUCAUCUUUAAGUGUGGAAAUAUAUUUUUAUGUGUGAUGUACAUAUGUGUGUGCAUGUUCAUGCGUGUGUGAAAGAACAAGAACAGGAGACCAAGUACACAUUCCAAUAAAAUACUAAAGUGUAAGCUUCUGAGCUUUCUUGCAAUUAAUUAAAUGUCACAUAAAUAAAAAUAUGAUAGUAUUUAAUAUUGAAGGCUUUAUAUGUGUAAUGGUACAGAAAGUUUAGAUUAUAGAUGGAAAUAAUCAAAAGUCUAGUCCUCCGAGUUUAUUUUACCCUCCCCGAACAAGUUUUAAAUUUUCUCAGAAUAUAGAACUCCCCUAGACAAGAAUGACAAAAAUCAAAUAGACUUUGGUUUAUGAAGGCACAAUUGGGAUUAUAGUUACCAUAGCAACAUGAACAAUGAGUCUAUAUCUAAAAUCAUUUUUUAUAAACAAUUUUUAUCCACAUCUGGACCAUUUAGUAUUGUGUACUCUGAAGGUUAUUUAUGCUAUGACAAUACAUCAGUCACUAUUAUAGCAGAAAUAAUCCAAUUGUCUUUAUUAAUGAUAGAUGUUUUAUUUCACAAUUUCACUUCUCUGUAGAAUUACAAGACUGAUUGCAAUGAAAUCCUGAGGAAUAUAAAGGAUUCAUUUUUUUUUCCCUUAAUCAACACCUUAGCUUCACUUUCUAAUCUACUUUCCGUAGUGGAGAAAAUCUAAUUCUUUAAAAUGUACCUUAUCUUGAUUUAUAUUCCAGAACAUUUUCAGAUGGGCAUGUCUAUUCAUUGUUCUAAAAUCCAUUGUUUUCAUCUUAUUACAAACCUUACAUUUUUAUCAAAUACAGUCUAAAUAAAAGAAGAUAAUAAGUACUAUGUGUCCAAUCAUCCAGGUAGCACUCUUACAUAAAUACCAAAUGCAAUGCCAGGAUUUACAUGUAUGUGUGCUUGUGUAUGUACGGAGAUAAAUGAGUACAUGUGGAGACUUCACAAUUUUGUGAAGCUGGCAUUGUGGUACAAUGGGUUAAGCUGUUAGUUGUAAAGGUCACAUUCUGUUCCAGAGUGCCAGUUUAAGACUCAGCUACUCCACUUAUGAUCCAGAUUCCUAAUAAUGCAUCCAGAAAGGCAACAGAUGGUAGAUCCAGUGCUUGGCCAUCUGCCACACACCUGGAUGACUCCAAUGGAUUUGCUGGCUCCUAGUUGUUGUGGCAUUUGGAGAGUGAACCAUGGCUGGAAGAUCAAUUUCUCUUUCACUUUCUCUCAUACUCACUCUCUUACACACGUAGGUCUGACUUUCAAAUAGAUGAAAAUAUAUGAAUAUUUUGUAAGUUUUAGAAAAAAUGAAAUUAAAAUAGGUUUAUUUUGGUACAACAAAUUUUGAAAUCCAUACUUUUUUUGGAAUAUGCAUUUCCAUGAACUUUUUGAAGAAAUUUUAUACUUUGUACACCUUUGUUCUUUUUUGUACAAAAUUGAAUUUAUAGGCUUAAUAUCCUGCUUUUAUUAUUUCAUAGUAUGAUCAUUUUCAUUUUGUGACAAUUCUUUCAAAACAUCACUAGGAUUUCUUUUUUUUUUUUAAUAAGAUUUUAUUUAUUUAUUUAUUCGAAAGAACCACAGAGAGGCAGAGGCAGAGAGAGAGAGAGGUCUUCCAUCCUCUGGUUUACUGCCCACUUGGCUGCAAUGGCCGGAGCUGUGCCAUUCCAUGGAUGCAGGGGCCCAAGGACUUGGGCCAUCUUCCACUUCUCUCCCAGAACACAUCAGAGAGCUGGACUGGAAGUGGAGCAGCCAGGACUCGAACCAGCAACCAUGUGGGAUGCUGGUACUAUAGGCAGCAGCUUUACCAACUACGCUGUGGUGCCAGCCUCCUUCACUAGAAUUUCUUCAAAUGAAAUCAUCUGACUGGACUGUAGUUACAUCAGGCAUUUCUUUGCUGGUAGACAGUGUAUACAGUGUUUAAAUAUUUGUGGACUGUUAGGUUUGGAAUGAAAACACAUAUAUUUUUGCAUAAUCUUUGCAUGGAUUCUUUGUUAGCUUCUAGAAAUAGAAUUAUGAUUGGCUCUCCAUAUCUACAACUCCGUAUCUAGGAAUUCAUUGAGUUUCUGAUCCAACAUAUUCAGGGGGAAAAAGUACAUCUGCACUGAAUAUGUACAGAAUUUUCUUUGGUUAUUCACUAAACACGUUAUACCAUAGCAACUAUCUAUAUAAGUCAGCUUUUCAUUAAUACAGUUAAAUACCUGAGACAUCUAAUUAAUUGAAGGGAAAACAUUUAUUUAGCUUGCAGCUUUAGAGGUUCAAGUGCAAGAAUGGCUGAACUGAUUUCUUGGGCAUUUGGUGAGGGCAAUAGAUGACCAUGGCAGAGCACAUGCAGAGCAAAGAAGCAUAGAGAGGGGUGCAUAUCCAAGUGGAGGUUUUUAAAACAAUCCUCAGUCAAUAACUUAAAAGAUAACAGAUGCACUAUCUACCAAAUAUAUCCUCUUAGUGAUAAGAGCUCCCACUAGGUCCCACCCCUAAUAAUACCAUUACUUCCCAGUGGCAUCACCCUAAUGACAAGCCUCUUAACAAGUCAACUUUUUUGGAGACACCCAAAUUUUUAAACCAUAUCAUUCUGCCUCUGGCUCGCAAAGCUGAUGUCCAUCUUACGAUGCAAAAUGGACUCAUUCUACCACGAAGAGUCCUAAAGUCUUAAUGUUCUGAAAUUGCUCAAUAUUCCAACCCAACGUCUUUUCUAAGACUUCAGGCAAACUGCUUUAACUGUAACAUGAAAAACACAUUACUUAUUUCCAAGAAAUGGUAGUGGGACAGGCACAGGGUAUCCGUUCCUAUUCCAAAAGGGGCCAUAUGGAAAUGUACACAAAGAUGAACGGGGCAAUAGAAAGAAACCCCACAGGGAAAGUAUUAAGACGACAACUGCAUUUCUGGUAUUUGGAGCACACUGUGGCAAGGGCAGCCCUAUCCCCAAGGUUUAGCUGGUCACAGCCCACAUGGCUGCUGUCUGGAGUUUCAUGGAGAAUCAUGCAUUGUUGCUAAGACUGGGGUGGCAUGUAGCAGAUUGCACUAACUUCCUGGGUUCUCAGCAUUGGUUUUCCCUCACACCACUUCACUAUACAUCACCCCAUUAGAGGCUUUUUACAGGAACUACAACCAUGUCACUCCACUCUGCCUUGCUUUCUAAGCUUUCCACUGAAAUUCCAAUGGGAAGCCACCAUGAGCCCAUAACCUUUGCAUUCUGUAGCCUGCAAAAUCAGUGUCAUGUGGACAAAGUCUGAUGCCAGCACAAGUUGUACCUGGGCCUGCUUGAACUAGGGCUACAGCAUCUGAGUGGUUUGUUGACUUAACUCUAGGAAAAUAAUCCCAAGAUGGUCUUGGGCAAACCCAUAUAAAAUACUCUGAGGUUCAUGAAAGGAUUCUGCACUUUCAGGCCUUUAGGAGUAUCUGAUGGGAGGAGCAGCUUCAAGAUUUAUGAGACUUUCUCAAGCCCUUUUUCCAUUGUCUUGCCAAUUAGCACAUGGCUUUAUUUUCCCUGCACUAAUCACUUUAGAAAGCAAUUUCUCCUUUACAUUCUCCUGUCCCUAACAUAGUUUUUGCAUGUUCUUUCCCUGACUAGGCUGUGAAUUUUUCAGAUUUUCUUACUAUGCUUCUUUUUGCUCCUGGUUUUCACUGUAAAACUUACUAAAAGCAGCUGAUGAUACCCAUUCUAUAGCCCAAAUGCUUUGUUCUUUUGAAAUACCCUCCACUACAUAAACUAAGUUUGGCCAUCCACAAAGUCUCAGCUCAAGGGAACGAUACAGUCAUGUUGUUUGGCAGAGUGUAACAAGAAUGGCCUUUAGGUCAGUUCUCAAUGGAGCCCUCAUUUCUAUCUGGAAUCUGAUUAGCAUGGCCUUCACUGUCCACCUUCCUAUCAGUAUUCUGAACUUUUAAGAUCUCACGAGAAUCUGGCAUAACACCCUUUUUAAGGCAUUCUAAACUUUAGCCUACCUGCUCCUACAAAUUUUUCCAGCCUAUUCCUGUAAACCAAUUCCAAAGGCACUUCAGCGUCUUUAAGUAUACUUACAGAAAUGACCUGCUUCUUUGUACCAAUUUUCUUUGUGAGCUUUUUGCUGCUACAAGGAAAUAACUGAAACAACUAACCUUAUGAAUAGGGUGAGUUUAUUUACUUCAGGUAUCAAGGUUCAAAGCCAAGAUCUGCCAUCCUGUUUGUUGGGCGUUUGGUGAGGGUAGUAGAUGGCAAUGGCAGAGCAAACACAAAGGAAAGAUUAUAUUGGGAGCCAGGAGAGAGAGGGUAGGCCUAAGCGCAGCCUUUUAGUACAAUCCUCUUGUGAGAGCCCAAGAGGCCGCAUGUGCAUCCCAAGAGCAUGACCCAGUAACAUGAGGAUAUUCCACUGGACCUCCCUGUUUAAUGGAUUCCCAGCCUUUCUGAGGGACAGUCCUGUAACAUAUGACCUUUGGGGGCAAUCUUAAUUAGUAUCCAAACCAUGGCAUCUUUACAUUGUCUUUGGUAUUGUAAGUAAUUUAGAGAUGAUUUAAAGUAUUCAGGAGGCUAUACAAAUACUGUACACUAUGUGCAAAUAACACACCACUCUCUAAAAUACUGUACACUCUGUGCAAAGAACACACCACUCUCUAAGAGGGACUUGAUUAUCUGCAGAUUUUGGUGUCCACUAUGGGUUGUAGAACAAAUACCCUACAAGUAGUGAGGCAACUUUACAGGGUUAAUUAAUUUUCUAUGAUAUUAAUAUAUAUAGUCACUAUUUUUCAGCUGCCAGUGUGUGCUAACUGGCAUUGGUUUUAACUCAUCCACUUCCUGAUCUUCUCUGAGAACUCUACUAAGAUACACUUCCAGACACUACAGGUAGAUGAGACCAGAGUCUUGUAAUUUCCAUGACUUAGUUAACUUCUUAAUGUGUCUUUCCUCCGAAAUAUAUGGAUUUGUUUCAACUUCUAUUCAUGUUGGUCAAAGCUUUAUCAAAUUGAGCCUUCGAAAGAUAAAUCUUCUAAAGGAAUAUGCUGAGAGAGGAUAUCUGAAGACAAUCUGUAUAAUCAUCUCAAGACCAUUUGUGUUAUAGACAUUAUCUAAGUAAAAAUGUUCCCAUUUCUUCCAUGUAAGAAGGCCAAAUUAUAUAUAUAUAUAUAAUAUAUAUAUAUAUUAUAUAUAACAUUAUAUAGCUGGAAGGCCACUAUGGCAAUACUCAUUUUGCUGAAGCUAAGUCCCAAAAAGUGGGAUAUUCUGAUUCUUAGAAAGUGCUUUUUACUACAUUAGAAGCUCAUCUUCCCUGAAGUUCUCUCUUUAAGUUAAGGGUCCUGGUAUUUAUUCUACAAAUUAGAAGGAUAACCUUCUCUUUUGUCUUCAUUAUUGAUAUGAAAUAUUCAUUUUGCAUAGACAGUUUAUUACAAAUGGUAAGAUUGUUAUCUAGGGGACCAUGUGAUUUUAUUUAAACCAAGUAGGUGAAAUACAAUAGAUUAUUUGAAAUCUAUUUAAGAAAGCUUUGAAAAUGUAGCAAGAAUAUAUUUUACCCUGAUUUGAAUUCAUUUAUAGAAUAUUUCCUAUGAAGUAAAGCCUCUAAUUUUAACCAUUUAAGUUCAUAUGUCUUAACUCUGGAAAACCAUACCUGUAUCCUUAAAUUACAAGAUCAUCCAGUCACAUGUUAUCUUCCCUAUCUAUAUAGAAUGGAAGAAAUAUUUCAGAUUUAAGAGUUCAGUGUUUGUUGGUGAUUAUCACUUUUGUCCAUUGUGUUCCUAAGGCCUAUAUUAGAAAAGCAAGGUAGCUAAGUUUGUCCUAAAAACAGAUUGUUGCUUGGGGACCCUAAGGGGAUUUAAAAGGUUAAUCAAUGUUACAAGUGCAUUGUAAGAAAAAAAUUAACUUGAUGAGAAAAGUGACAACAACAAAUUUCUGUAAAUUUUUCAGAUAUUUAAUCUGGUCUCAAAUGUAUUUCAUGGUUCAUAAUUCAGUCAUGCUGAACUUUUUUUGAUCACUCAACUCAAAGUGUUCAGGCUCCAUCUUAAGCAAUAAAUCUGAGUUACUUUAGAAAAAAGAAUUUUGAUGCCAAAGUAAGCUAACAUGAAUGAAACAUCAUAUGAUCAUAUGAAAGGUUUUAUAGAUAAAGCUUUACAAAAUAUACCUGCUAUUGAUUAAUUGUGUGAUCUUACAAGAGUUGGUUACUCCAACUCUGAGUGAACCCUUAUCUAGCACAGGUCUGCCAAGAAGAGACUAAGACAGGAUUAAAUAUGCCAAGAGUUUAUUUGGGGAUAUACCUACAUGAAAGGAAAUAGAGAAGAGGUCAAAAAUAUCUACAAAAGCUAUCAAACCAUGAUGUAAGCCUGACCAUGGAUAGGGAAAAAGAGACUUUGAAAUGAGGGGAGAGUGUCUUAGACUGCCAACUAGUCCAAGUAGUCCAUGUGCUAGUCUGUUAAAAAAAAAAAAAGAGUAUUGGGGUAGGCUUUUGGCAUUAUGAUUAAGACACUGGCUAGGAUGCAUUUGUUCCAUGAGUGCACACAUAUUUGAUCACUAACUCCAGCUUUCUGCUAAUUCAGAUGUUGGGAGGCAACAGUGGUGGCUCAAGUAGUUGAGUUCCUGCUACUCAUAUGGGAGAUUUGGACUUAGUCCCCAAGCUCCUGGUUUCAAGCCACUGCCUUGGCUAUUGUAUGCAUUUGGAGAGUGAACCAGUAACUAGGGAUGGAUUUUCUCUGUGUAUUUCUUUUCUUCCUCCCUCCCUCCUCCUCUCCCUCUGCCUCUUAAAUUAAAAAGAAAAAUUUACAAGAACACUGAAUCUUUCAGAAAUAUUUGUUUUAUUAUGUCUCUGCUACAAUAAAUGUUAAAUAUUUUGUUGCUAUUGUAAAUAGGAUUGUUAAAUCUUUUUCAGAUAUUGUAUCAUUUUGGUAUGGGAACGAUUUUUACAUGUUAAUUU